AUGCAGCGAGACACUGAACUUACGUUCCGGGACAUUCAUGGCACGCCAGAUAUCAUGCUUAGCAGCCUCAAAGACACUGCAGACUCAGAAGCCUUUGUCUAUACUGCUAUUGAACAGCCCCUUGACCUCCGGUUCCUUGAGUUCGAAACCACUAAUCUGAAUGAUGAGAACCCAAUCCUCAAGCUUACAGAGAAGGGGCAAAAUACUGGCAAUACGAAUUAUGUGGCUGUAUCAUACACAUGGCAAAGAUUCGACCCCGUGACCAACAAAGAAGCAAUCUCUCGAUUCAGGAUUUCGUCAAAGGGCUUGGUGCGAAAAGCAAGGUCUCAGGAUGCAGUCCUAUUUAGAGCGAUUCAGUUUGCCAAAUCGACCCAUACAGCUCGGAUAUGGAUUGAUCAGGACUGCAUUGAUCAAGCCAACUCUGCUGAUCUAGACCAACACCUGCACGUGGUGCACAAGAUAUUUUACCAAAGUCAAUACGCUAUAGCUCUUCUAUCAUUUCACGUCUGUUACGAACACCAACUGGAGUCAAUUCGAUAUGUCAACGAAGGCACACUACUUGAUGAGCUGCAGACUUUGGCUGGGAAAGCAACGGAAGAUCUUCCAGAACUUUGCCGGAGGAUUUCGAGAUCUUACCGUCUUUUCGCCGCGAUAGCAGCCGAUAAAUGGUUCUCUCGCACAUGGACCUUCAUGGAAAGACUGGCAGCCCCCCAUACGUAUCUGCUCGUACCAUUUGAGAACUCAUCAGCGCGAGACUCAAUGACUCCAGAUGGGGUUUCCGACGUGAGGUUAGAUCCGAACCAAAUUUUGCAACUCCAAAAAAAGCUAGAGGCGAUCUCCCGACAGUCACGGCAGACAGCCAGUUCUCAGGAAUCUGAGCCUUUUCUAGAAAGCCUUUAUCAGAUUGUCGAACAAUUCGGUAACCUUCUGACAUCAAAGUUUCUUACCGACUAUCAGACACCACCAUGGACCCAGGCAAUAUCUUUACAGCAAGUGACAAACAUCUUUCAGCAUAUUGAUCGGCGCGAAAACACCAUACAAUCGGAUCGCCUUCUCAUCCUGGGUUAUCUAUUGCAGCUACAGUACCUGCUUGCUUGCACUUCUUUUUGUCAAUGGAUUCUCCAGAGACUUAAAGGAAAGACUGAGUGCUUUAUUGCUUUGGAAUAUGACGAUUGA